CACGCUAUUCCUUCCCUGCCUGCUGAUCUGAUUUCGUUUCCAUUAUAUUUGGAAAGCCAUGGCAUGGCAUUCACGAGCUUCAUCUUCUGUAGGGAAGGCGCUUCUACGACGAUUCCCAGCCGGUGGAGUACACCGCCAACGUGACAGCGCCACCUCAGCGCCGAAGGAGUUCAGGAAAAUUCUGGCGGGGUGAACGUCCUCCGCUUUGCCAUGGAGAAACAGCCACUUCUGUCCUACAUUAAAACCAGAAGACCUCCGCCUACACCGUCGUCGUCGUCCACGCUCUGUCCUCUACCAGAAGACGACGAGAUUACAAUUCCGCCGCCGAUCACUCCGUCCGCUAAGGAUCUCAAGGACAUUCUCAUAUUCGGUUCUCCUUCGACUGCAACGGCGCAUCUUAGGGAUACGUCGUCCUCGAAUCUGCUAGAAGCGCUUACGCUAAGCCUAAGCUCACCUCAUCCUGCCGCUUCAAAUCUCGAUUACGAUAAACCAACAUUUGAUCAGCUUAAGCCAAAUUCGGACUUGGAAAAUCAACAAUUAUGGCUGAACGAGCUUAUUUAUCCAGUCACCAAGAGCCAUCUUCACAGGGCGAAAACUGCCCCUGCCAUGGCUACGAUCAACGAAGUUAAUCGUCGUUCGCACAGCAAGCCACCAAAUUCAGAUAAACCGUCAAUUGUGCGACAGGGUAUACUUCUCUUGAUCGUUUAUUUAACUUUUGGCGUGAGUAUAUACUCGCUUAAUAAGGAUAGCUUCAGAUCAACAGAAACUCACCCUGUUGUUGAUGCUUUAUAUUUCUGCAUUGUUACAAUGUGCACAAUUGGCUAUGGUGAUAUCACACCUGACAGUGCUGCAACUAAAUUGUUUUCUAUCACCUUUGUGCUCGUCGGAUUCGGGUUUGUCGAUAUUUUGUUGAGUGGGAUGGUCAGUUACAUGCUUGAUUUGCAAGAGAAUUAUCUUUUGAAGACUAUAAAAGGCGGUAGUGGUGGGAAUCGCGAUCCUCGGUCUUACAUAGUUGAUGUGAAGAAGGGGAGAAUGAGGAUUCGGAUGAAGGUAGCAUUGGCAUUAGGUGUUGUGAUUCUUUGCAUCGGGAUUGGAGCUUGCGCGAUGCAUUUUGUAGAGAAGCUGAACUGGCUUGAUUCGUUUUACCUCUCGGUUAUGUCAGUCACCACUGUUGGAUAUGGAGAUCAGGCAUUUAGUUCUUUGACUGGUAGAGUUUUUGCAUCAAUUUGGUUACUUGUGUCGACACUUGCUGUUGCUAGAGCUUUUCUCUACUUGGCUGAAGCAAGAGUUGACAAGCGGAAUAGAAGUAUGGCAAAAUGGGUGCUCGGCCAGGAUAUGACUGUUGCACAGUUUCUUGCUGCGGAUAUCGAUAACAAUGGUUUCGUGACAAAAUCAGAAUUUGUGGUGUACAAGCUCAAGGAGCUCGGCAAGGUUUCGGAAAAAGACAUUCUGCAGAUAUGCAAACAGUUUGAACGGCUGGAUGUUGGAAACUGUGGGAAGAUCACUCUUGCUGAUCUUGUAGAAAGUCGUCGCCGUUGAUCCUCGUACAGACCGGAUUCAUGAGAUUCGAUUGCUGGAUAUACACACACUCAAACUGCAAACAACCAGAUGUCUCUUGGAGAUAGAG